AUGUCUGCUGGUUUAGAAUCCGCUCAGUGCUUUGAUGACACAUCGGCUGUGCUUGAUGACUUUGUUUCCAAGUUGGCUUCUCCUUUGAAUAAAUUUGGAGCGUUUGCUGACUCACCUGAACUACAUCAAACUCUUGCAUAUGCCGAGUUGACGAUUUGUCGAAUCCGGGCUUACUAUAAUCUCAUUCAAGAAAUUUGUCAACAAUCUGUUAUUACUGGUGAAGCAUUUUCCUCUUCUCUGUUUAAAUUGGCCAAAUGCAUUGGAUUGGGUUUAGAUCAAAAACAGUCAUGGUCAUUCAGUUCAAAUUUGUCGAAGGAAUGGAAUAAUUUUGGCACACAGAAAAUACUUAAUCAUGCUACUCAUCUAACAAGUUUAUUUGCAGAACAAACAAGAAAAUUAGCCACUAAAAUAUCGGAUAUAGAACAUGUUUUAUCGAAAAAUAACGAUAGCCUAAAUAAGUUGUAUGAUCUACGAACAAAUUUCCAAUGUGCUUAUGAGCAUCUUGAUAGUGUUAUAAAUCGAGCUGCUUCAGCGAAUCCAACACGAUCUCCUAUGGAUUUACAAUUAUUUGACAAUCAAGUUAAAGAGGCUCAAGAAGUUUAUCAGAGGACAGCAAUAGGCUAUUUAUCCCAUCUUCGUCAAGUAAUUGGACCAAACUAUAUUAUUUCAUAUAUGCGAUUGGUAAUAUUGGCACUUUCUAUUCAACAAUCUUAUUCAGAACAAUUGGGUUUAUUAUUUAAUAGUUCCAGUAAGACAAACAGUCUAACUUCUUCAAUAUUAGUUCAGCAAUGUAAACAGUUAAUCACUAACUUUGAGCAGAAAACAAAUACUGAAGUUCCCAGUAAAAUCAGACCAUCAGAAACUGCAGCUGUUGAAAUAAAAGCUAUUACAAAUUUGAACAACCCACCGAACCCUCGACUGGAAGGUUACUUAUUCAAGAGAAGUGGAAAGAAAGGUUGGCGUACAUGGUCUCGGCGAUGGUUCCGUGUACAUGAAAAUCAGUUAGUUUAUUGUAAACGUUUCCAUGGAUUGACAUCUACAGACCUCCAGUCUGCGACUGACACAGUGUCCACGGAAUUAAACCGAAGGGUUUGUUCAUCUGUAUCGAAUACUGAUCGUUUGACAAAUGGGAUUGUAAAUAAACAGUCUGAAAGUGGUCUUCUGACACAGUUACUUUGUCAAGCUAACCCACAAUGGACUGUUAUGGUAAGUGAUCUUAGAUUUUGUACGGCCCGGAUUGCCCAACCAAAUAAACGAUUGACAGCUGCAGAGAAACCUAUAAACUUAUUGAAUAAUUCUACAGAUCGUCGAUUUGUUUUUGAAGUAAUAUCCUCAGGCCAUCGAACAUAUUAUUUACAGGCUAUUAGUGAAAAUGAAUUGGAUAUUUGGGUUAAUACUUUACGAUCUGGUUUUCAUGAUUUAUGCCGUACUAGUGAGCCACGUUCUUUAAAGAAUGGAAUGUUGAAAGAAAACUUUGCCAGCAAUUCGCUUGAUCUAUUAACUUCUUGCAGUCCAACUCGAAAUAGUUUGGAGUUUUCUAACAGCCCAACAACUAGUUCUGUGUCAGGAUUCCCAAAUGGUCGUACAAAUGACCAUUUAGCUCAAGUGUCCCAUUCAUCUAUUUCGGGCCAAGAUGUAUUGAAUAACAAAGGUGGAAUUUUGCUAUGGCGUGAGCCUGAUUUGGCUGGUAAUCGUUAUUGUUCUGAUUGUUCUGUAGGAGAUGCAAGAUGGGCAAGCAUUAAUCUUGGUGUUACAUUAUGUACGUUGUGCGCUGCGGUUCAUCGCAGUUUAGGUGUUCAUAUUUCUAAGGUCAGAUCAUUGACCCUAGACAACUGGCAACCGGAAUUAUUACAUGUCAUGUUGAAUUUAGGUAACAAACCUGUAAAUAGAAUUCUCGAAUCAAAUUGGCAACGUUAUGCAUCAGAAUUUCCUCGUCUAUCAUCUGACACACCAUUUGAGCAACGUAAAGCUUGGAUCGAGGCGAAAUGGGUUCGUUUUAAAUUUGCUCGUCCUUCUCUACCAUUUGAAGAAAAAGUCUCUGAUUCAACGGAAGCUGUUCAGUGGAUUAAACAGCUAUAUGAUAAUUGGCAAGAAGCAUGUGCUCAAAUACGUCAGGAUUUUCCAGAACUUAUAUAUCAUCCUAAAUCUUCAUCCUCAUUAUCAUCGAUUUGUAUGUCAAGUAGUCCCGAUAGGAAAUUAACUCGAAAUAAUGUUCGUCAAUAUACUCUUCUAAACGAACUGUUAAGCAUUAUCAAGACCUUAUAUGAAAAAAACAAGUCAAGCGUAAAAAAUGGACCAAGGGCACAUUCGAGAAUAAUUGAACAGAAAAUUGCUGCAAAUUAUUUAGUUAGUUUUGGUGCUCGACUUGGUUGCCCACUUCUCAUUUUAUCCGGUCUUACUGGAGGUGGUAGUCCAGAUGGAAAAUUAAAAACUGAUGAAAUGUCUGCCAGUAGUUACCCUCCAUUAAUAUUGGCUUCACGUAUUGGUUCUAUAGCAGCAUGCGAGUUUUUACUGUUAAAUGGUGCGGACAUUGAUGUAAAAGAUAACCGAGGUCGAACUGCAUUGCAUCACGCUUGUCAAUUUGGUCGUGUUCAUUUGGUCUGUUUGUUAUUACGUCGACGAGCUAAUCAGCUGAUCUUGGAUAAUGAUGGCAAAUCACCAUUGGAUGUGGCAUUAGAGUUAGCCAAUGCUGAUAUUGUAACAUUGCUACGACUGCAACGAUUAAAUGAGACUGCUAAGAAAUCUGAUUUCACAUUGAACGAUGAAACAGUCGAUGAUGUAUUUCGCGACUUCACCUCUCGUACUUACUAUUUGAAUUGUGAUGAUAAUUUUGAUGAUGAUGAUGAAGUUGAUGAUAAUAAUCACAGAAUAGUAAAUCAUAAUAUUGAAUCAUAUAACCUUUCCCCAAUACAUUCUCCAAGUUGUCUACCAAAACCAGAAAUAACAUAUACUACGAAUAAAGUUAUUAAAAUUCGAUCAAAUUAUGGAGUGAAUUCAUCGAUUCCCAGUAGUAAUAGUAGUAUUAUUAGUAACAGUACUAAUACUACCAAUACUAAUUCUACUAAUAUUACUAUCACAUCAACUCCUACCACCAAUCGUGAAAUUAUUAUUAUAUCUUCUCCUAUUAAUAAUGAUCCUACUAGUCCAACUCGUGUAUCUGGUGGUGCUGUUGAUGUUCGGCGGCGACGUGACAAAAAUAAAAGACAUUCUGACUUAUCUGAUAAAAUAUAG